UGAGGAUCGCCGGACUCGUACGCGACGGACCAAGUUGCCAUGGCGAUCUACGUCACUUCAGAAGCACUAUAACUUCCUUGCCCCAGUAUAUAGCGACGGCGUUGUCCAUGAGUCGAAACUGCUUGCCAUGAAUGCCAAAAAAAUACCGAAGGCCUUCAAGUUGGCGUUCUUGCCGACGCGCAGCAUGGAUCUUACUGGAGUUGAGCUUGCUGUGGCUGCAUACAUCUUCAGCAAAGAUCUCCCUAACAGCGAAAUUCUAGCUGAUGUCGGCCACUGCGUUGCAGACAGGACGGCGUUACUGAUGCUUGCCCCAAAUGAAAGGGUCAUGGAUGACGUUAUUUCCGUCGUGGCCAUGAUGUUGUCAAAGACAUCCAGCUCUCACCAAUGGUUCAUGCCGACAAUGAUAAUGCAAGAUGCACUGCAAGGAACACGUCUGACGCAGGCUAACUUGGACGCGGUUGUUUGCAACCAUAUGAGGUGCAAGGUCGACAAGGUGACUGAGAUAUUCCAACCCAUGUGGACCGACGGACAUUGGUACCUGAUGAUUAUUGACGUAAGACGCAAGAAGCUUAUCUACUACGACUCACUCAAGUGUACAUGGGAGACGGAAGGCAGAAAGCUUGCUAUGACGCAAGUGGCAGUGCAUCUGGAAUCGCUAACUAUUGGAAGCAAAUGGCUAUCUAGUAGCAAUGCCGAAAGACCGCGAUUUUUGUCGUACGAGUACGAGGAGCCUGUGGUUUCUCAGCAACAUCAGCGCUCGUGAGUUGCCCCUUAA